AUGAAGUUCUCUCACAGCAUCCAAUUCAACGCUGUUCCAGACUGGAGCAGCCACUACAUUGCAUACAGCAACCUGAAGAAGCUCAUAUAUAACCUCGAGAAGAAUGCUGCCCAGGCCCGCUCUGGCGACCACGAAUCGCGGCCCCUCAUCUCCACCGACGAACCUGAAGAUGUUUUCUCCAAGGCUCUAGGCAUAGAACUGGAAAAGAUCAGCUCGUUUUAUGUCGCCAAGGAGGGUGAGCUGCACGAUGAGGUGUCUCAGCUACUCCGCGACGUCGCCGAGCAGCCAGCGCUAGAAUCAUCGACAACCUUUCGCCGCCGAUCCGACGACAUGAACCGCGUUGACCGAAAUGGUCAUUAUGCCCGCACAGCGAGCGUCACCGACCAAACAUCUGACGAUGAUGCUGGCGACGAGACUGCUAGUGAAGAGGAGGAUGAAACCGCGGCCCUUACCCACGCCAGGGGCCAAGGUCGUCGCAGCACCAUGCCCAACUUUGCGCCGCCACCUAUAAAGACCGGCCCAUCGUCCGAUCUCGGUCACACCCCAUCUACGCGUCGACACAGCACCACAUUUGACGAAUAUGGCGAAGCGAGCACCGUUUUUGCCUCGGCGCUCUUUCCGUCGACCAUCAUGCUCAAAAAGCGCAUAAUUGGCCUAUACGUUUCACUCUGUGAGCUCAAGUCGUACGUGCUGCUCAACCGCACUGGGUUCAGCAAGGUCCUCAAAAAGUUUGACAAAAUUAUGGACAAAGAGCUCCGAACCGCGUACAUAAAGGCCAAUGUGGAUAUGGCGUACCCGUUCAAGGAAGAGACCAAGAAGCACAUUGAGGGCUACAUUGCAGAGAUGGAGUCGGCUUACUCUGGCGUUGUCACAGGCGGCGAUGAUGCCACGGCCAAGAAAGAACUGCGCUCGCAUCUCCGCGAGCAUGUCGUUUGGGAGCGUAACACUGUCUGGCGUGACCUCAUUGGCAUUGAGCGCAGAGGAGAGGCUGCGCGACUGGGCUCGCUUCUUCUUGGGCCGGACUCGAACCAGGCCAAGCGACUGCAAGGGGAUGAUGAUAAAAUGAUGCCAAUGACUAAUAUUGCUACACCUUUUGGUCGCCUGAAGCUUCCUGUGUGGAUGGUUAACUCGUCUAUGCUUACACUUCUGCUGUCUACGGCAGCCUUUUUGGCUCUCCUCUUCCUCCCCAUCCUGAAACAUGCAGAGCAGCAAAAUUGUCUUGCCAUGUUAGUUUACGUCAGCUUACUAUGGGCGACAGAAACGCUUCCACUCUUUGCUACUGCGCUUUUGAUUCCUUUCCUCUCUGUCAUUCUUAGAGUCGUUCGCGAUGAGCAGGGCGACCACCACCGCCUCAACGCCAAAGAUGCUACGGCGGCUAUCUUUGCCUCGAUGUGGAGCCCGGUCAUUAUGCUACUGCUUGGAGGCUUCACCGUCGCCGCUGCGCUCUCCAAGUGCACUAUCGAUAAGAAGCUUGCCACGCUGGUUUUAACUUUUGCCUCCAUGCUUAUUAGCAAUGUUGCCGCCCCUGUCCUAUGCUAUUCCCUAAUCGACCCAAUGCUGCGCACGCUGCCCUCGGACUCACCCAUGUCAAAGGCCGUUAUCAUGGGCAUUGCGCUGGCGUCUAACAUCGGUGGAAUGCUCUCACCUAUCGCAUCGCCGCAAAAUGUUGUUGCAAUGGGUAUUAUGCAGCCAGCGCCGACUUGGUUGCAAUGGUUCUUCAUUGUCAUCCCCGUUGGUACUGUCUCUAUUGUUGUCAUUUGGAUGUUGCUUCUCCUCACUUUCAAAACCAGUCAAGGCACCACUAUCCAACCUGUACGGCCACUCAAGGAAAAAUUUACGGCUGUCCAGUGGUUUGUUACUAUUGUGACACUCAUUACCAUUGCCCUUUGGUGCGGAAGCCACCAAAUGGAGAACAUCUUUGGUGACAUGGGCGUCAUUGCUAUUAUCCCGAUCGUGAUCUUCUUUGGCAUGGGUAUUCUCACAAAAGAGGACUUUAACAACUUUCCCUGGACAAUCAUUAUUCUCGCCGCCGGCGGCCUGUCUCUUGGCAAGGCCGUACGCUCCUCUGGUCUUCUUCACACACUGGCCGAGGUUGUUUCUGAGGAGGUCCAGGGCGUGGGUGUUUAUGGCGUUCUCGUCGUCUUCUCGUCGCUGAUUCUUGUUAUUGCGACGUUCAUUAGCCACACAGUUGCGGCACUCAUCUUUCUCCCACUUGUCUACGAUGUUGGUGCGGCCAUGAACCAGCCUCAUCCCAACCUGUUGGUCAUGGGUGGCGUGCUGAUGUGUAGUGCCGCCAUGGGUCUGCCAACCAGUGGUUUCCCUAACAUGACCGCUAUUAUGAAGGAGGAUGCUACGGGUCAGCGUUACCUCCAAGUCAAGCACUUUAUCAGCCGCGGUAUUCCCAGUAGCAUUCUCACACUUGCCGUCGUGGUAACGUUAGGAUACGGUAUCAUGCAAGUUGCCGGUCUGGAUUGA